CUCACACUCAACUCAUUGUCAAGCACCAGUCAUUCUUUUACCUUUUCCUACAACCCUUCGCUCACUCUAACAUUUGACUUUCACAAUGAAGUCCGCCGCCAUUUUUUCCCUGGUCCCUGCCGCUGCGGCCUUCUGCCACCACGGCACAAAUCUUUACAAGAGGGACCAGCUCUUCCAGAGAGCUGACGGAGCCUUUGGGUUCGAUGCCCUCAACGGCCCCCUGAACUGGCAAUCCCUCACUGCCGACAACGUAGCCUGUGCCGUGGGCAAGAACCAGUCUCCCAUCAACGUUCAGGAGUCCAACACCAAGCAGGUUCAGGGUUCAACCAUCACCUUUAGCCCGGAGGAGCACCCCUACGGCGCCUCGCUUGAAAACCUGAAUGGCUUCCUCGAGGUUCGGGCCAAUGGCACCAUGGAGAACGGUGGAUUGACCUACAGCCUGCGUCAAUUUCACUUUCACACUCCCAGCGAGCAUCGCAUCAACGGAGAGCACUUCCCUCUGGAGGUCCACUUUGUCUGGGAGGCUGAAGUCGGCAACGGCUCUUCUCUUGCCGUUGUCGGAUUCCCCAUUGAGGUCUCCGAGACGUCCAACCCUCUUCUGGCUUCUGUUUUCAAGAACAUUGACCAAGUCACCGCGGUCGGAUCUCAUGCCGCGACUGGUCCUUUGGACUUCACGAGCCUUGCCGACCACCUUUCGAAGAACACUAUCUACCAGUACUCUGGCUCCCUCACUACCCCCCCUUGCUCCGAAGCCAUUGCGUGGAACGUGGUUGGAAAACCCAUCCCCAUCGAUAUCGCCACAUACCUGAAGGCCAAGAGCAUCAUGAAGUACAACGCUCGCUUCACCCAGAACAACCCGGGCGAGAUCAACCUCUUGGAGAACGCCUACCAGAGCCUCAAGAAGAUCCUUGGAGACAACCAAGAUCCUGGUGCCGGAAGCCCGUGCAAGAAGGGCAAGAAGGGCGGACGCCGAGAAUAAUGUGUCACAUUUUUCUAUCCAACCACAUUGGAGAAUCCUCCACCGCCUACAAAGUACAUUUACCAGGACCAUCCCUACUCCUUUGCGGACAGAAUUUCCUCACGUCUCCUGUCCCUGUGCUUUGCAGUGCUCUCCAGCAUCACCAGGCAACUAACCAUCCAGUAUUUGCUUCAUGCAGUUUUUGCUUUCAAAAGAUUAGCCCCUCCU